UUCUUAUUUUUGAGCCAAUGUCAAUGUUGCAGAAAACGGCUGAGAUAAAGGAGUAUUCAUACCUGUUAGAUCUGGCUGAUGAAUGCGAAGAUCCUUACAUGCGAUUAGUGUACACUACUUCAUGGGCUAUAUCUGUCUAUUAUGCCUAUCAACGUACCUGGAAACCAUUCAAUCCCAUACUUGGGGAGACUUAUGAAAUGGUUAAUCAUGGUGGCAUUACUUUUCUAGCUGAACAGGUGAAUCAUUUAGACCUGAGUUUGGGUUCAUUUUUUCCCUUUUAAUGUUUUGGGCUCUUC